AUGGAAUGUAAAACAACGAGUACUUAUGAAACAGAUCAAUUGGAAGACGGAGCAGUUAGAAAAGAGACUGAAGGAGGUCUUGCGGACGAACCAUCUUUGAAAUAUGCUAUAGAUAUAUUCGAAGACGGUGCAAAUUUGAAACAAAAUGAGGUAGAUUUUGAGUUUGCAACAUCCUUUAGAAAUGUUACAGAAGAAUGUGAAGGCGAAAUAACUUUGGAACCAACUCAUGUAGGUGAAUGUGUAAAAGACGACCCAUCCUUCAAGUAUGUUGUAUUGGAAAACGGGUCAACUUUAAAUCCGAAUGAAGAAGAGACAAAGAACGAGCCAGCAUUACAUGCCUCCGCUGAAAAACAUGAGCCAUUCACUAGUGAUAAGGAACAUAAACACGAGAACAAGCCAGCAGUGCAUGCCUCCGCUGAAAAAGAUGAGCCAUCCAUUAAUGAUGAGGACCAUAAACACGAGGACGAGCCAGCAUUGCAUGCCUCCGCUGAAAAAGAUGAGCCAUCUAUUAGUGGUGUGAAACAUAAACACGAGAACGAGCCAGCAUUGCAUGCCUCCGCUGAAAAUGAUGAGCCAUCUAUUAGUGAUGUGAAACAUAAACACGAGAACGAGCCAGCAGUGCAUGCCUCCGCUGAAAAAGAUGAACCAUCCAUUAGUGAUGAGGAACACAAACACGAGAAAGAGCCAGCAUUGCAUGCCUCCGCUGAAAAAGAUGAGCCAUCUAUUAGUGAUGAGGAACAUAAACACGAGAACGAGCCAGCAUUGCAUGCCUCCGCUGAAACAGAUGAUCCAUUCAUUAGUGAUGAGGAACAUAAACGUGACAAUAAGAUGAAUCGUAAAACACUGAAAGAAACACCUGCUCUUCGUGAUGUGAAGAAGAAAACAAAAAUUUGUCGCCUGAGUUGA